AUGCGCGCGUCGUUAUUUCGAUCGAUAAGGCUUCUUCCUUCAAUUAUUUCAAAAACAAGUUUCAGACAGCUACCAAAGCCAUAUUAUUAUUCAACCCAAAAGCCAGCUACUCAUGAAGCCUCUGCAUUAAAUGAUCAGGAACCGACGCCAUCUAAAAGUCUCGAUCCGCAGUAUGCUGAACAGCUAGAGCGGCUUAAACCCAUGCCUGAUUUUCUCGCUUCGUUAAGCCCGGCUCAGCAGCAAACAACAGAGCGAAUAUAUGAAGAAGUAAAAUUGUACGCUUAUUUGGGACAAUAUGUACCGCAACAACUUUCUUCUGCGGAGUGGAAAACUUUGCUUGAGCUGGAAGAUCUCUCAAAAAGGAUCGAAUUUCUGUGGUUCUUGGCUAUUAAACAGCGCCGUGAACAGCGAGAUUUUGAGAAACGUGAUCCAGAUGAGAUAGCUUCAAAAAUAAAAAAACGUCGCCAAGAACUCGAUGAAGUGGCUCACAAAGCGAUUUCUGGUGAAAUGGUCUAUGGCCCGAUGGGUUUUCAAGAAAUAGGAAAUCCUUUUCGACGAAAGCAACGAGUUCGACACAUUUGUGGUGCGAGAUUGGCUGCUGCCUUACGUAUUCAAAGACCUAUUGUUGGGUUUGAUAUGCAAUUUCUUGACAAAUGGGAUAAAAUGGAAACAAGUAGUAUUGGAAAAAUGCUAAAUUUUGCUUUGACGGAUAAUGUGAUGUCACCUACAACUUUUGACUUGCGCUUCUUUAAUUUGCCUAAAGGUGAAAAAACAAAUAAAUUCUUUCAAAUACAUUUGAAUUCUUAUUUUGCCGACAAACAGGAUCAAACAAUAUUGCCUGAACUUAGCCAAAACGGAGCUCAUGAGGCAUUGAAAGAUGCGAAGACUAUUGUGUAUCUCAGUCGGUAUGCGAGACGCUACAUCGAUGGUCCUCUUUCUGCUGAUGCGUAUGUUAUCUGUGCGAGCUUUGAUAAUGAACGUGAGUCGGUCGGCGCGUCAAGACGAUUGGGCAAGAAAGUAUACGCGGCUUCACUUCCGAUAGAUAAAUAUUUAAAAUGGGAGCGCGGGAGCAAAGCCCUGCCACUCAAUAACGUGUUUCGAAUACUUCAAGAAGUUCACGCUUCCGCUGGCGAUUGGGAAUCAGCGCUUCGCAAUAACAUAGCCAGGCAUCAUUUUUCGUCACCAGAGGAGCUAGCGGCAUCUUACGACUAUACACAAAGUCUUGUUCGCCAGAAGCACGAGGAGCGCCUUCGAUUGAUCGAAACAAUUGCAGAAGCAACCGGCCAAGAAUUUGUGCGAAAAUCUAGGCGGAUAAUGUGUGGUGCCCGAUUUGCGAAUUGGGCCUUGGCAGUCGGCGGCGCUAUAUCAAUAUUUUUCGGGCUACUUUCAUUGACUGUCUUCUCCCGACUUGUUGAUCAAAUCGUUUUAAAGCGUUCUUAUAUUGGCUAUGAUGAAGCAGUUAAUGGAACCCGACCACUCAACGAAUUCACCCAAAAGUGGAUCAAGCCACCAUUCAAGAUGUAUUUACAAAUUUGGAUGUAUGAUGUGAAAAAUUCAGCUGAGAUUUUGCAAGGCUCUCGUCCGCGUCUCGAAGAAAUCGGCCCUUUUACAUUCAAAGAAGAAAUGUUCAAGGAUUCGUAUAAUUUUACGAACAAUGAAACACAUAUUUUCUACCGAAACAAGCGCACCUACACUUAUAUUGAGGAUCUCUCCUGUCCGAGCUGUAAGCUCACAAGAAAUGUGACACUUCCUAAUGUGAUUUUCCAGAAGCUUGUCGACUUUGCUGAAGCCAGCUCUAUUGUCAAAUUUUUUAUUGAACAAGCGUUAAAGCUAGUGCCUGAAGCACCUUUCAUCAAGAUUCCCGUUGGCCAAGCAUUGUUCACCGGUUAUAACGAUCCACUUAUCGAAUUAGUUCAAAAAGCGUGCCGUCGUGUUCCCAGCCUUUGCAAGGAUUUAAAUCUUCCAGAAAAAAUUGGCUUUUUCUAUGGGCAAAAUAACUCCUACGAUGGAACGUAUCAAAUAUUGACUGGCCUCGAUUUGCGUGCCAACACUGGAAAGGUUGUGACAUGGAACAAUCUAACAAGUUUACCAGAAACAUGGUGGUCGACAAAAGAAGCACGGAUGAUCAACGGAACUGAUGGUCAGCUAUUCCCACCUCUACUCAAGGCAGGGGAGGAUCGAAUCCUUUUUGCGGCACAAGCUUGCCGAUCUGUGAAACUUGCGUACAAGAGUAUGACUUCAGUGGAAGGUGUACCAGCGUAUAGAUACGGUGUACCGGACUCAAUGUAUGACCCAACUUUGCCAGAAAACGCUGGUUUUUGCAAUAACGCAACGCCUGUUUUCUUUAAAAAUAUCACAAUACAACCACCCGGAUGUUUACCAGCUGGACUCCUUGACAUCAGUCGAUGUCAACCAGGACAGCCUCGCGUUUACAUAUCCCAAGGACAUUUUUUGGGGUCACCUAAAGAGGUUCACGAGGCGGUGGAGGGAAUCAAACAACCAAAUCCGCAGUUGGAUAGCACAAUUGUUGACAUAGAACCCACUACUGGAGCCGCGGUGAAUGCCAUGCGACGAGCUCAAAUCAACAUCGGAAUGAAAAAAGGAAACUUGGGAAUACUUUCGAAGACGAAAAAUUUGAUUAUGCCCGUCCUUUGGAUAAAUGAGACAGCACGCUUCGAUGCCGAGACACGCGAUGAAAUGUUAAAUGAGUUGUGGCGAGCCAAACAUUGGAUUUUUGGCGUCGGUUUGACAUUGUUAUUCGUGGGAGCAGCCUGCUGGUUGGCAUUUAUUGGCUAUCACUUGGUGAUAACAUGUUGCAUGCCAAAACCGACUGACGACACUCAAGCACUUAUCACGGAUGCUAAUAGUCGAUCUUUCAUGCGCACGAUUUCCUCUUUUCGAUUGUUUCAGAAAAGAACUUUGAUAAGGCUUGCUCUACAAUCCCGAAGUAUUUCGAACCAAAAAGAUCAAACAUGUCAUAAGAACAAAGAAGAUAUUGAGGAUGGAAUAUAUGAAGAAAAUAACAAAGUUACGAGCACCUCACGUCAAUCAGAAUGGCACAAGAUCCAGAUGAGCAAACUGCAUAAUGAGUACAUGGAUGCAAAGAAAAAAAUAAUCAGCGAUCAAAAAAGACAGCAAAUGCAUUGCGCUUUAAUUAACGAUGCAAUAAAUCACGAUUCACAUGCAGUCAUUCAGAGGUUAUUGGAAACGACUGGCAAAAGGAAGUCUAAACCUGUGUAUGUCGCCGAGGGUUUAAAAAUUCUUGGAAAACAGCUCCAAGGUGCAGCUAAAAGUUCAGAUCCCGUAGAUCACUCAUUAUUUUAUUCGACGUUAAAUGUAGUAGAUCAAAUAAGGACGAUUAACCCUGAAACGGGUGCUGGUCUUCUGUUUUUGCUCAUCAACUUAGAAAAGCUUGUCCCAAGACUUCUAGAAGGCAAUCAAGAUAACUCUAUCUCUACUGAAAUGGAAGAGUUACAAAGGAAGUUGACCACGAAGCUUCAAUUUUUUAAUCUUUCUCAACCACUGAUUUUGUAUACGAGAGAAGAAAGAAAUCAAAUACUGAGUCGCUUGGAAAUGUUGACUGGUCGCCUCGAAAAGAAGUAUCGACGAAGCUAUCAAAGCCAAUAUGAUCCGAAGAACCCACUGCUCACUAGCUUUCGGGACCCAAUUCCUGUAACUGAGUAUCAAGGUAACCCAAAUGCGGCUACUGACGCUGAAGGGAAGAACUUGUUCGACUUUUUUUCAAAACAAAUGGCUUGCGAGAAUAAUGUAUGGACAAGAGUGCAAAACCCAUUGUUUGAUACAGCUGUUCAUGCUCGUUCGGCGGAAGAUUACUUUGAAACAUGUGAUUGGAAAGAAAGACUUUCAAAUGCUUUAACGUUAUCACUGAAGACGACAAAGAACAAUUUUCCGCAACUCUUAAUACGAAAUCUUGGGACAGAUGUUGUAGCAAAUAGUAUAUAUGAAAGUGUUUUGAAAGUUCUUUCUUCUGGUUCAAAUCUGGUUCCUCAGGGGGUACUGUCAUUUGCCGUGAUCAACCCAUUAAUGGAACUCUCACAGAAAAGUUAUGCGGCUACCUAUGGGACCAACGAUCAACUCUGGUCGGAAAUCUUCUUGGAAUAUGGCAAAUAUUUUGUUGACGAAGAGAUCAGUAGAAAGUAUACGCAUCGUGAAUGGUGGCAACAAUCGAUAAUAACUUUAAGCCUCCCAUCAAAUAUUCGCGGUUACUCGGAACAAGUUGGCUCAUCUGUUUGGGCAUCACUCAGUGCUUUUGUUCUACGGAUACUUUUCGAUACAUUUACAUUAAAAGUGAACCAAAGGAAUAAAAACAAACCUCAAGUUUCUAUACCAAUCUUUACCGUGGUUGAUUUGGCGAUUGACUCUAGAAGUAAUGUUCAAGUAGGCGGGAAUAACAAAGCAAAUAUUGUUGAAAUGGUGAAAGUGAACUCGUUAGUGGAAAAAAUAUUGGAGAAGCACCCUUUCAAACAGUUUUACUUUAUUAGUCAGGAGCUACCGAUGUUGGUGCCACCGCGCCCGUGGGUUGAUAAAGGUCUCGGUGGGCCAGAAUAUCAUCGAUCACAAAGUAUUGUGCGGCUUGUACCUGAUUCAAUUUUUAACACGGAUGAAGAAAUGCGAAAACGACUUGUUAAUGAUGAACAGGCCCGGCCGGUUUGGGAUGCUCUAAAUCAACUUGGUUCUACUCCAUGGACAAUAAAUCAGUCAUUACUAAAAGUUUUAACUGAGGUAUUUCGAAUGGGAAACGAUCCAAAGAACGCAUCUUUACUCUCAAAUUUGAGCGUUCCACAAUCACCACAAAAUAUACAGUUGCCUACAAGGAAUGAGAUGUUUGGGGAGUUUGGCAACGACGAUAUUACGCCAGAAAUGUGGAAAAAAUUUAAAGUGAAAAAAGCACUAGCAGUAAAGGAGAGAAAUGAAACGAACAGUCUGAGAUGCUUUAUGCUUUAUCGUCUUGCUCAAGCGCAUGCAUAUCAAGGAAAAGUUAUCUACUUUCCGCAUAAUAUGGAUUUCCGUGGUCGCGUGUACCCGAUCUCCCCACAUCUAUCGCAUAUGGGAGAUGAUGUAAACCGAUGUCUUUUAAAAUUUGCACGAGGUCGACCACUUGAGAAUCACGGAUUUCAUUGGCUCAAACGUCAUAUAAUCAACUUGACCGGGAAAUGGAAACGACAAAAUAUUGAUGAAAGAGACAAAGCUGCCGAAGCACAUUUAGCACUGAUGCUUGAUUCGGCAAACAAUCCUUUAAAUGGAGAUAAAUGGUGGAUGGAUUCUGAUGAUCCGUGGCAAACACUUGCCGCUUGUACGGAGUUACGUGAUGCCUUAGAUUCUGGAAAUCCUGCUUCAUUUGUGAGUCAUUUGCCAAUUCAUCAAGAUGGAAGUUGCAAUGGGUUACAACAUUACGCUGCAUUAGGUAGAGAUCAACAAGGAGGACAAGAGGUUAAUCUACUCCCGACAAAUGAACCAAGUGAUGUAUAUUCUUCUGUAGCAAAGAGAGUAGAAGAAAAACGGCUUGAAGAUGAAGCAAACCCAACGUCCUCCAACCACGAGAUUGCAAAGCUUUUGCGUGAAUCUUUACCUCAAGAAGUUCCUCGAAAAGUGGUUAAACAAACAAUCAUGACGACAGUGUACGGCGUUACAAUGUAUGGAGCAAAUUUGCAAAUCAAACGGCAAUUGAAGGCGUUAGAUAUUAAUAAUGACAGUAUUGAUAAAUUCGCAACCUACUUGGCCGAGAAAACGUUUUCUUCUCUUCACGAUGCCUUCACAAGCUCUAUGAAUCUCAAAGAUUGGUUUCAACAAUGUGCCCAAGGAAUUUCCAAACUGCAUAGAACAACAGAAUGGGUAACUCCACUUGGACUUCCCGUUGCGCAGCCUUAUCUCACCGUAAAAGAAUCUGAGGGAUUUCAAUUUUUGUCACCUUUAUCGAAAAAACAGACAAAUGCAUUUCCCCCGAAUUACGUCCAUUCUUUGGAUUCAACUCACAUGAUGCUCACUUCGCUUGAAUGCUCAAGAAGAGGCAUUACAUUUGCGGCGGUACAUGAUUGCUAUUGGACACACGCCUGUAGUGUUGAUGAUAUGAGUGAUAUAUGUAGGGACACGUUUGUGCGACUUCAUUCGGAACCCCUCGUUGAACAGCUAGCUUCGGCGUUUAAAACGGAAUACUUACCAAAGGAUAUUAUGGAAAAAAUGAGCGUUGCCGAAAAAGCCUAUUUUCAAAAAAUCUUUGCAGCAGAAUUUACUCGAGGCGAACUCAACAUAGAUGAGGUACGGGAUUCGAUUUACUUUUUCAGU